AAGUGUUUAUGUAUUCUACAUAAAGUGUUAUUCUACAUAACCUCAUCGAUUUGCUACUUAUAGGGUUUUGAAGUUAAACAAUAUACACUGAGUUUCAUGUAUUGAUUGUUGUGACUCAUUAUAUUUAAGAUAAGAAAAGGUUUUUGUAUAUUUGUUUGAUAAUAUGGCAAAUGAUCGUGAAGUAUUACGUGAAAUAUGGGAAGGUAAAAUACCAGUUUGUUUUCAACUUAAUUCAGAAGAAGUUAGUGAUUUACAAGCACCAGAUCCAUUUUAUUUAAUGGUACCUAGAUUGAGUUAUUUUCCACUAUGUACUGACAAGGUUAAAAAACAUUUUUUAAAACACAUACAACAAGAUAAUCAUGAUAAUGAAAUGUGGCUAGAGUACAAUGGUAUUCCCUUGAAAUGGCAUUUUCCAAUUGGUGUAUUACUUGAUAUUUAUGGUGAAGAUGUACAAUUACCUUGGAAUAUUGUUGUGCAUUUUGAUAAAUUUCCUGAAAAUGAAAUAAUGCACUGCACAAAUAAAGAAGUAGUAGAAGCAUUUUUCAUGUCUUGCAUUAAAGAAGCAGAUGUUUUAAAACACAGAGGUACAGUUGUAUCAAGCAUGCAAAAAAAAGAUCACAAUCAACUAUGGUUGGGUUUAUUGAAUGAUAAAUUUGAUCAAUUUUGGAUGGUUAAUCGAAGAUUAAUGGAAGCAAGUAAUCCUGAAGAAGGCUUUAAAUAUAUACCAUUUAGAUGUUAUUCAAGUGAUGAAAAAUAUGUACAAAAACUUGUUAAACCAGUUGAUGAAGAAGGCCAAAGAAAAACAUUAAAACAUUUGUUAAAUGAAGUAUUUACAGAUGGUGAAGAAGUCACUGUUAAAACACAAGGUAUUAUUCCACCAAUGGAUACACCAUUACAAUGGCUUUCUGAACACAUGAGCUAUCCAGAUAAUUUUCUUCAUUUUUGUUUGACAACAUCAUAACGUAGAUAAUAUUUGAUUAAGUUGCAUAAUAUCAAUGCAAAAGUCAUUACAGUACAAUUAAAUACAAAAAAAAAAAAAAGAAAAAGAUUAUAAACAUGUAAAUUUCUUCCUCUCAAUUUAUAUCAUACUUUAGAAUCAAUAUAUUUUGAGAUUCUGGCUAGAUAAUAUUUUUAAAUAUCCUCAUGAAAAAUUAAAAUUAAAAGAAACAUAUUUGAUCUAUAAAAAAAACAAGUUUUACUUUUUAGAAAAUUGUAUUUAACGUAAAUUCAAGUGAAUCAUUUUAUAUGGCACAUAAAGGUUGUUGAUCCAGUCUUGUUUUUUUUUUUUUAAAAAUUAUUAUUAAUUAAUAAUAUUCAUUUUUAAACGCUCAUAUUAAAUACUGGACUUGCACUUUUCGUUUCUCCCUUCAGCCAGAUUCUUUUUUAGCUUUAAAAAUUUUUAUUAAUCUUUAUUUCUUUUUUUUUUUUUUUCUUUAAUUUACGAGAUUAUAAAUAUUAUAUAUUUUUUUUAAAUUCAUAACUCGUAAUAUAUUUAUAAAAUAUUAGUAGCAUUAUUCAAUUUUAUCGACAUCAAGUCAAUUUAAAAAUUAAAAGAAAAACAGUUUACUUGUUGAAUUAAGAUCUUGUGCAUUAGUCAUAAUAAUAAAUGUAUAUUUAAAAAAAAAUAUAAACAUUCAAAGGCACUCAAUUCAUACAGUGUUACGAUAAUCAAAGAAAAAAAAAACAUUAAUUAUUUACCAUCUUAAACAUUGUAUAAAUGAAAUGUUAACUUUUACAUAUAAUUUUUUUUUGAUUUGUUACAUAUAAAUAUAUAUUUUUUUCCAUUAUAUUUUUCUUUAUUUGUUGUUGCAUCUUAUAAAUAAUAAUUAUCUAUCAGUAUACGUAAAAUAAUCAUUAAGAUUUUUAUAAAAAAAAUGAAUAUAUAAAAAGAAAAAAAAUCAAAAAA